GAACAGGAAGCUGUGGAUCUGUAUGGAGUUCUGUGGCAGUGGCUCUCUGCAGGACAUUUAUCACGUGACUGGACCUCUCAAAGAGAAGCAGAUCGCCUACGUCAGCAGGGAAACGUUGCAGGGUUUACAUCACCUCCACGUCACGGGCAAAAUGCACAGAGACAUUAAGGGAGCAAAUAUUCUGCUGACAGAUCGAGGCGACGUGAAGCUGGCUGAUUUCGGGGUGGCAGCAGAGAUCAAUGCUUCAGUGGCCAAGAGGAAAUCUUUCAUAGGGACCCCGUACUGGAUGGCCCCGGAGGUAGCUGCAGUGGAGAAGAAGGGCGGAUACAACCAGCUAUGUGAUAUCUGGGCGGUGGGCAUCACUGCCAUCGAGCUGGCGGAGCUGCAGCCACCCAUGUUCGACCUGCACCCCAUGAGAGCCUUGAUGCUCAUGUCCAAGAGCAAUUUCCAGCCCCCCAAACUGAAAGACAAAGGAAAAUGGUCGACAGAAUUCCAGAACUUUAUUAAAGUGGCCCUCAACAAGAACCCUAGGAAACGACCUACAGCUGAGAAGCUACUCCAGCACUCGUUCGUGACUCAGAUGCUGAGUCGAACCCAAGUGAUUGAGCUGCUGGACACAGUGAAUAACCCUGACCUCAGCUCAGGACACUCCAUGGACGAUAGUGACCUGGAGACCUGCGACGCCUUUCCUGAUAAAAUCCACUCCAUUGGGAAGCACGGUAACGUGGAGCGGACUCGCUCCGAGGUUCAGUUUAAUCAGGUGAAGUUUUGUCCUCCAAUGCGAAAGGAAACAGACCCUUACCCUGAACUGGAGCUGUACGAUGGUUGGAGCAUCGACGGUGAUGAGAAGAACAGCCCGUAAGAAAUUCAAAGAAUAUAUUCUUUGAUAUUUUUGAACUCUUCUGCUCAGCUAGUCCCACCUACUCUGUCAGGCAGUUAGGAUUCUCCAGACAAGCAAAGCCAGCUGGAGGCAGAUUUAGACACAAAUGUAUUACAGUAUUCAAUACUGGAUCAAAAGCACCCAGAACCACUCAGAAUUAAGACUAAUCUUCGCUGUGUUUAACACAGACCCUUUCCAGCCUUACCGUUUGGUUCUUGUGU